UUAUUACUCCAUAUUACGGAGUAUUAUUAUUUUUAGAGCAAACAAUCUACUUUUUCCGGUUAGUUUGAGUAAUUGUAGAAAUCUUGUCCAAAACUUUACCAAUCGGCGUUCCCGGCCGGGUUUCUCGCAGUCCGCCGACGUCAGCGGCCGGAGCCGUAUUUCUAGGCUUUCUACAUUCUCUGUUUUGCACUUUUGCACGGCCAAGAUCCAGAUAGCAGCUGCAGGGUAGGGGAUCUAAUGAAGCCUAUGCUGAUGAUCAGGUUCUGGUCUGAUUCCCAUCGAAGAUUCAGCAUGGUUGCUAAAGUAGAACUCUUGUAAUUUUCAUUUGGCUUGCCCAAUUGAAGCUAAAGAUCUAUCUGUAAUGGGGUCAAACAUAGAGGAAGCGCUUAGAGCUAAGGCAGAAGCUGAGAGGAGAUUUUUGGAGAAUGACUUUGUGGGAGCAAAGAUGUCUGCUCUCAAAGCAGAAACUCUAUGUCCUGGUUUGGAAGGAAUAGCCCAAAUGGUUUUGACAUAUGGAGUCCAUUCUGCUUCCCAGAUCAGAAUUAAUGGAGAGAUUGACUUGUAUGCAGUUUUGGGUUUGGAUCCAUCUGCGGAGAAGGCUAAAGUUAAAAAGCAAUACAAAAAGAUGUCCGCUUUACUUCACCCUGACAAAAACAACACCAUUG